AGGGGGGCAGUUAUUAAAAUGACUCACAUUGCUUUACUAGUCACCUUAGUUUUCGCCUCCUUGUUUUUGGUAGAAAGCAGGGUGAAACGACAUUCCGAUGCAUCUCUGGAGAUGGUCCACGUGAUCUUUAGACACGGGGACAGAACGCCAGACAAGGAUGUCAUAUACAAGAACGACCCUUACGUCAAUGAGACCUACUACCCUAUAGGACACGGUCAGCUGACAAAUGCUGGGAAAAGGAAGGAGUACCAGAUCGGCAAAGCCCUGAGGAGGAGGUACUCCACCUUCCUGGCCAACUUUACCCUGGACACCGUCGACUCGAGAUGCACGGACUACAACAGGACCAAGAUGUCCCUGCAGCUCGUCCUAGCUUCCCUGUUUCCGCCGAAAGGCGACCACGUCUGGGAGAAGAAGCUGAACUGGCAGCCGGUACCUUUCAACUACUGGCCGCUGAAAGAGGACCACGUUCUGGGGGACCCCAUGAAGAACUGUCCGGUGUACAAGGAGGCUUUUUUCCACCAUCUGAACUCGAAAGAAGGUAAGGCGAUGUAUGAGAAGUACGAGAAGCUCCGGAGGUACUUGGAACACCACGCCGGGGAAACUUUGCACAGCAAGAAAUUCGCGUCAUUGUACUUCACUCUAACGACAGAGCACGAGAACGGUUUGAAGAUGCCGGAAUGGGCAGAGCCCGUCUACCCACUGAUCAAACACCUGGCCAUCAUGGAUUAUAACGUCAGCACAGCCACCCCUCAACUAAAACGCUUGGCAUCAGGAUUUUUGGCGAGGAAAAUAAUAGGAGACACCAAGGCGAAGAUACGGGGCGAGAAAUAUUCCCGCACCAAGGUUUUCUUGUAUUCGGCUCACGAGUCUAAUGUGGCUCACUUUUUGCGGUUCCUCGGUGUGUUCCACUCGCACGUGCCACCCUACGGCAGCUAUAUUUCUGUCGAGGUCCACAACUAUAACGGGGAAAGGGGGUUUAAGGUUUACUACCAAGACUAUUCCACGGAGAAACCGAGGAAGGUAAGGCUGCCGCGUUGUGGCAGUUUCUGUAAAUUGGACGACUUCGAACGUUUUUACGGACAUUUAAUGCCACAGUCCGAAAAGGAAUGCUUUUAGAAAAAAAUCUGGCACUUAAAGGGUAUUUUACGCCUACGUACUUCGUUGUCUUGAUUAUAAAAAUAAUCUGUGGUAAUGCAAUAAAAAAAAAUAAAAACAUUGCACUCUUUC